AUGACCACAGAUAACGAGAGGACUGAUUUAAAAUUACUUCCACCCCCUAUCGAUUUAUGUGUGAUUACAGGUUUGAAGACAAGAAACAGUUUAUCAUGUCUAUCUUGUGGGAUGAUGUUCAGAUCUCAAAGUGAUGUAGAAAUACAUUUAUUAUCAGAAAACUCUACUUUUCCAAAAUUCGGAAUAGCAAAUGGAGAAGAAACAGUAAUACAAUAUGAAAAGAGUGCUUUAAUUUUACCAUUAUUCAGCUCUUUAGAUAUUGAGGAAAAAGAAGAAUUUGUCUGCCAGCAAUGCCGAUUGGAGUUUAAAUCAUAUAAAGGGAUGAAACAACAUAUAGGGAAAAUGCAUUUGACGAAAUAUAAACAUUCAAAAUGUCCACUUUGUACCAAAAAUUUUAGACAUAAAUAUCUUAUAGAACAUUUGCUGUAAUUCCUAAAAAAGUAUAUCUUUAACUAGAGCUUCCCGGCUUUCUCUUCAGUUCAAGUUUCACGAUGCCGUGAUAGUUGAUUCUAUGGACGAGGACCUAUACUCGAUGACAAGCAGUUAUAAGAAUUGUGACACCGUCUUGCGUCAAUAUAGGUUGUCUGCAAUGAAAUUCAAAUUACUGGCCAACUCUCAACAAAAAUGGAAAUCUUAAGCCUAGGGUGAAUCAUGGUUCACACUUGAAAUAGUCACAAUUAAUCGAGAAUUGAGCUUCUGGAAUAUAUAUAGGCAAAAACCCUGAUUUUGAUUUAAGCACAAUAGUCAUCCCCAUACUUGAGCUUUGCCAAGCCAUAUAAAACCUGGCAAGAUGUAUGCUAUCGAAAAAUAUCCUUUCUUCCUCAAGAUUCAUCCAUCCUAUAUGGAUUGUCGUCUACAGGGACUAGAAGGGUCGGUUUUUCGCCAUGCCAUUUUAAUGUAUAUCGAAAAAUUUUAGACAUAAAUAUGCAGUUAAAUUUCAUAUAAAGCAAGUUCAUGAAAAAUCAACGCGAGCAAGCUGCAAAAAUUGUGGAAGAGAGUUUUAUAAUAAAUAUUUGCUGAAUAAUCAUACAAAGACUUGCUACUGCUUAUAG